AAACAGCUGUUCAAAGCAGUCGACUUCAUGCACCAACACAGCAUGGUGCACAUGGAUCUGAAGCCGAAUAACAUCUUGAUCCCCGUCAAUGGCGGCCAUCUGACUGUCAUCGACUUCAACAGGUCCUUGUUCCAUGGCAUUGUGGGCACUCCCGAAUAUAUCGCCCCCAAGGCAGCCACUGGUAAUGGCUUCUACAGUGCGAUCCAUGCGGACUUGUGGUCCUGUGGAAAGACAUUA